AUGGCGUGGCGCCGCCUGCGCCCCGCCCUCCGCGGCCUGCUGCCCUCCCGCCUCGCCGCUCUCACCCCCCCGGGGCCUACAACCCCCCUCCCCGCGUGCCAUCCCCUCAAUCCCUAUCGCCACAUCGCCGGCGCCGCAUCCCUCCAGAGGGCCCCGGACGACCGCCCCAGACCGAUUGGUAACUCAGUCUCAGAUCCAGGGGAGACUUCAUCUUCCGGAGACUCCAGGGCGGUCGAAGAGGCAUUUAACCGGGAUGAGGACCGGCUGGCGGCAGAGAGGCUGCGCGUGGCCACCCGCGAGCCGCCCGUGUGGCGGUACGACGAGGAUGCGAACAACGCUGCCUACCUGAGCGGUGUGGUGCUGUCCGAGCCUCAGGAGAUCCCACUGCGAGGGCGGGGGCUGGCCUUCUGCAAGGCCAGGCUAGAGCUGGUCCUGCUGAGCGGGUCGGACAGGCAAAGGACCAGGCACGCGCGGACAAGGGUUACUCUGUGGAACUAUAUGGCGCAGCAGGCCCUUGGGCACUUGAGGAGAGGGAGCAUGAUCGCACUGAGGGGGGAGCUGGAGGAAUACGGUGGGGAAGUAGGGGUGGUGGCGCACGAGUUCGGGAUGCUGGAAGACGCGCCGGUGAAUGCACGUGCGGUUGUGGAGAGCUACGAUGGGGCGCGGUCGGCCAGGAGCGCUGGGCGGGAGCUGAGGGCCACGCCCAGCAAGAUGGCGUGCCUGGAGAUGCACAGGCGCGGGAUGGGGCUGGAGGAGAUCGCGCGGGCGAGGAGGGUGCUGUGGACGACGGCCGCGGGCUACAUCGCGCACUGCGCCUUUGCUGGGGAGCAGGUUGAUUGGGGGAGGUUCUGUAGGGACAUAAAGCUGGGCCCACCUGAGGGCUCAUUUCUGAGUGUGGAUGAAAUCCAUGAGGUGGUUGAGGCAGUACGCAGAUCAUCAAAUAAUGGGUCAUGGGAGAAAAUAGACGUGAUGCAGGUCUGGAGGGAAUUGAAGGCCCACUCUACGGCAGGCCCCAAGGUCGCUGCACAGGAGCAGCUUCCCAGGGGAAAGAGCCUGACACUGGCGCAGAUCGCCGCUGUGAUGGCCAUGGGGAGGUCUGGAAUGACGGCGACAGAAUGGAGCCGGCUUUGGCAAGAGGAAAGUGGACAGUCAGGGAUCACAGAGCAUGUUUUUUGA